GUUUCGGGGUUUCCAGUGUUCAACGUGUUGCUGGGUGGUGAAGUUGGGUCGGUUGAUUACCUUUACUGGCUAAAUAAUCAACUAUGCGGUACUAUGAAGAUCCAUGCGGCUAUCCUGCUCGCCAUCACCAUGGUCGUCCAAAUAUCGAAAUUGAUGUGGUUCCCGGUUGGGGUGGCGCAUACUAUCCGCCGCCGCCUCCGCCUCGGCCCGCCGAGAUUGUCUACAUGACCACCCCGGCGGCCACCUAUAUGCCCGGAACUCAGGUGAUAAUGCCGCAACAAUAUGGAUACUAUCCCCAACAGCAGGCCUACGAAUAUCAGCAGUACCAGUAUCAGCAGCAGCAGCCCUACAACAAUCCACCAUAUCAACAGUGGUAAAAGAUGGUGGACAGCAGGAGGUAUAAGCGGAAAUGUUCCAAGUUUAAUAACAAAUAAAAUGUAUUAUUAUAAACAAAACGGCUUCAUACCGGAAAUGUUCCAAGUUCAAUAACAAAAUAAAAUGUAUUAUCAAUAAAGUGUAACCAAGCGAUAGAUAACAAACAAA